GUAACAUUGGCAUUAGUCGAUAGGCAGACGUCCAAGAGUUUGCGUCUGCAGCUUGUUGUGAAAUAGUGGAAGUGUACCCUCGCCUGUUGCGAUGGACUCUCAAGAUUCUGAUGCUAACGAGUUGUUGUCAGUAGAAUUCGAGGUUUAUGGUCAAGUGCAAGGAUGCUAUUUCACCAAAUACUGCAAGGAGCUGGCGGAGCAGCUAGGGAUGGGCGGCUGGGUGAAGAAUUCCAAGAAAGGCACGAUUGUUGGCAAGAUCCAGGGUAACAAGAAGGACGUCGACCACAUGCUUGACUGGCUGAGCACCACGGGUUCUCCUGGAUGCAAGAUCGAGAAGUGUGAUUUAUUGAAAACGGAGCACCUUUUGCGGCCCGACUACACGGACUUUAGCAUACGGUUUUAAAUUGAAAUGUUCAUUAGUUUUUUUUUUAUUUUGUGAAGAUUUCAAGAAAAAAAAAUAUUUUGUACUUACAUGUUUUCAAUUGUGUGAUUAUUAUAAGAAUGCACAUCUGAUUGUGGUAAAACUACGAAAUAUAAAGGCUUUUUUUUUA